CAAUUGAAGCUGCGGAUGCCGUGCUUGUUCCCUGCUCGACGCGUAGUUCGGCCUAGCCGGCUGUCGUCAGUUCCUUUGCAACGCUAGCACACAAGCUUUGAUAACAUGUAAUUGCACGUCUGGAUACACCGGAGAUCCGCUUGCUUGUGAAGAAUGGGUGGUUGCGUCUCUUCGCCGCUGGCGCAGCUGAACUUAGAUGGCAGCCUGGAGGAGGUCGCAGAACAAAUAAGGGAAAGGCCUUCCCUCAUCACGCAGCCUCAGCCAGCAGCCUUCCUUGGCCUGAACGAAACAGCACUCCACUUCGCUGCGGAGAAAAACAAUGUACCGUUGCUCAAGUUCAUCCUAGAGUUCCUAGAAGGGGCUGACAUGUUGACUCAGCGCGCGGCACUACAGCCGUUGCUGCGCCGCCUGCGUGUGCCGCCGCCUGUACUUACUUCGGACACACUUCACAUCACAGUCAACGCCCUCAAUAACAAAGGCCAGACGCCUUUAAUGAUCGCGUGUUUCCACUCUGCACCCGAGGUGGUGAAAAUGCUACUUGACAAGGGAGCGGACCCCUGGGCAGCCGACCGCUGUGGGCGUCGGAACGCGCUCCACUACGCCGCAAUGUCUGACAGUGCAGCAUGUGUGGAGGCGCUGAUGAAAAACAUCCGGCCGCACAUGUUGGUGCGCAGCAGCGUCAGGUACAUAAACUCCAACUCCCUGGCGGGCCUCACGGCGCUGCACUACGCCGUGUUCUACGACCACGAGGCCUGCCUGCGCGAGCUGCUGCGACACGCGCCCGCGAUCACCGCCGCCACCACAUCGGACAGCUACGACCUGUGGGUGUCCUGCGAGACCCUCUCCACGCCCCUGCACUUCGCCGCGAUCAAGAACAACACCGUGGCCGCGCGGCUGCUGCUGCUGGAGUAUGCCCGACGGCGGCGCACCGGCACUGUGCUGGACCCCCGGCUGCGGAACGACGCCGCGGGGCAGCUGCCGUGGCAGGUGGCGCGCACCCGCGUCCUGGCGACCAUGCUGCACCCCGCCGGCACCCUCGCCGAAGCCCUGGGACCAGACGGCGCGGCAGAGCUGGCGGCGGCGGAGGCGGCGGCGGAGGAGGCGGGCCGCCUGGGGCCGCCGGCACUGGCGGCGCUGGCGGCGGCGGCGCUGCGCCACAAGCUGCUGAGCGCCGUGGAGGUCAUUCAGAGGGAGCUGGUGGAGGCGGCGGAGGCGGCGCGGGCGGAGGCGAAGCGCAAGCGGCGCGGGCUGCUGCCGAUGCUGCUCUGUGGCGCCGGCGGCGCGCCCGGCUGCAACGGCCUGCCGCACAUGCCCUCCAUGACCGGCCUGCGGCGACUCAGCCGCACCAGCGCCACCAGCGGUCGCAGCCGCCGCCGCGGGCGCAGCCACGCCCGCGCGGGCGCGGCGGGGGCGCAGCAGCCGGAGGCGGCCCGGACUGUGUCUCCGACGCGCCGCCGCUCCGGCGCCUCCAGCCCCAUCGACGCACCCGCGUCGCCGCGUCGCGCCGCCGUGUUUGACGGCGAGCAGCCGCACCCGCACCCUCCUCCUGAGCUGGCGUAUGCGGGAUCCAUGUACGACGGCCUGUUGGAUCUGGCGACCACCUCGCCGCCGCCUUCUGUGAUUGAAGAGCAGGUGCCGCAUAUGCCGGCGACGGGCGCGCACACCCUCUCCGGCCGCGCCAGCUUGCGCGCGGGGGCCAAUGGCGGCGUCGCUGCUGGGCCGUCUGCUGCGGCUAGUGGCGGCGGUGCUGCUGCGGGGCGCUCCCGGAGUGGCCACCCGCGCAGCAACCGCCCGGGCAGUGGCCGGCCCGGGGGGCAGCAGCAGCAGCAGCAGCAGGCAUCAGCGCUGCAGCGGCAGAAGAGCGCCCGCGUCAGCGGCACAAGCGGCGACGGCGGUGGUGGCGGCGGCAAGGGCGGCAUUCUGAGCAUGAUCAGCAGCGGCUUGAGCAGCAUGGUCAGCGGCGGCGGUGGCGGCGGCACCGGCGCCGGCGGCGCCGUCGGAGGCGGCAGCCGUGACCGCCCGCGCAACCGCGAACGCGUCGCUGGCGCCAUCCACGCCACUAGCAGCCAGACGCUUCCCACCACCAGCGCCCCCAUCAGUCAUGCCGGCGGCAGCACGUACGGCGGCGGCGACAGCGGCGGUUUGAACAGCGCCCUAGUCGGUGGCCCGGGAGCCCUGAGCGCCCGGGGCGGUGCCUCGGGGCAUCCUGGCCCUGGCAGCCCCGGCGCAAGGCAGUCGGGCCUGGGUUUCAGCGCACACAGCGGGGCCGGGGGCACGGCGGCGGCGGCGCCGCUGGCGGCGGCAGUGACGACGCCUGGCGGCCACCACAUGGUGGCCAGCAGCAGCCUACUGCCGGGCGCGACCGGCGGCAGUAGCAUGGAUGGCACUCCGCAAGGCGGCAGUCUCAAUGGUGGAAGCCUCGAUGGCGGCGCCGGCAGCCUGCUCAACGGCAGCAGCACGCUGAAUGGCGGGAGUCUCAACGGCGGGAGCCUUGCCAACGGUGGCAGUUUAAACGGGGGCAGUCUCGACGGCGGCAGUCUGCAGGGCGGCAGCUUCACAGGCGACGCCGGCCCGACCGGCUUCCUGGCUGCAGCCAUUGGCGCCGCUGCAGGCGGCGGCUUCAUCGCCUACCUGCCUGAAGAAGCCCUCUCGCCGGCGCCCUCGGCGCCGCCAGACGACACCGCAACCAACGGCAACGGUACCGGUAACAGCGUCGCGCACGCUUCAUUGUCGGGUUCCACCCUGGACGGCAGCGCCGUGGGCGGCGGCAAUGGCGACGGCGCGCGUGGCGCCUCCGCAGGCCCGGCCAAGGCUGGUUUGGAGCCGAAGCCGGGGCUGCUGCUGCCGACGAGGCUGCCGCCAGUCAAGGGUCUGGGUGCUGCCUUCGCCUCCGUAGCCGGAGUUACUGGCCUUGCAGGCCCCGCAGCGGCGCAGCAGCAGCCACAGCAGCAGCCACAGCAGCAGCCACGGCAGCAGGCGGGCGCUUCCGGCCUGCAGUCGCAGCGCAGUCUGUCGGGCGGAGUCCCAGCCGCAGCCACGUCUGCCAGCGGCCAUGACUCUGUUGCCAGCGGCGCCGGAAUCUCAGUCUCACCGCCCGCCGGCAUCAGCAGCAGCUGGGGUCCCAACGCGCGCAGCCUGCGCCCGCUGCCGGGCCGCGGCGUGUCACCCAGUCGUGCCGCGCCGUACGCUGCCGAUUCCACAGCACCCAUAGCAGCAACAGCAGCAGCAGCUGCUGCUGCCGGGAGCCCACAUGAACACAACAGCCACGCCCACGCCUAUGCCCACAACCACACGCCUCGCCUAGACCAGGACCCCAGUCCCUUCGCCGCGCUGUCCACAGUGGUUGAAGACCACCUGGGCGAGGCGAGGCCGUCGCCGCUGCCUGGCGCGCCGCUGCAGCUCUCUCCACUGCCGCCCUCCCAGCAGCAGCAGCAGCAGCAGCGCCCCUCGCGCCAGCCGUCGCGCAAGUCACAGGAGCAGCUCAGCGGCAUUGGCGGCGCAGUGCCCACCGGCCCGCCCGUCGUGGUCAUGACGCCGUCGCCCUCGCUAACACGCGGCGCGAUUGCCAGCCCCUUCGCGGCCGCGUCGGCCGCCGCCGCCGCGUAUUCACCAUUACGCGGCGGCGGCGGCACGUUCAGCGGCCCGGGCGGCGGCGCGGGCGGCACCACGGCCGAAAUUGGCUUCCAUGGCGGCGGUGGCGGCGGCGUGGUCGACGGCAGUAUGUAUCCGGAGACCAUUCCUGGGGGCUCCUCGGAUGGGGAUGUAUACGACAGUGAGGAUGAGGACGGCGAGGGCGACGAUGACGAGGGCAUGUGCGCGGUGUGCUUCUCCCGGCGGGAGGCAGUAGCGCCGGCGGGCUGCCGGCACGGGCUGUGCACCGCCUGUGCGGCGGAGCUGUGCCGCACCGUGACCACCAAGCCACUGCUGUGCCCCUUCUGCCGCCAGCCCGUGUCGGACUUUGUGCGGGUGGUGCCGGCGCCCCCGGUGGAGCUGACGCGGGCAGGCAGCCUGCGCAAGAGCACGUAAGGGCGUAAAUGAGUACCGGUACCGUGACCGCAAAGUUGCUUCGCAUUGUUGCGCCAAGCCAUGGCUACAUUGUGUGCUGGGUUGGCGGCGAUGGUGGCGGCGGCGGCGCAGGGCCUGGGCCCAGCAGUGGCGGCGCGCAUAUGCGUAGCGGAGGCGGCAGGCAAGGAGGAGGAGAAUGUGGCGGCGCCCCAGAAGCGGCGCCGGCGCGCAGGUGGAGGCACGGCCGUGUCUGGUUAGCUGUCUUUGCUGGCGAGCACAGCGUGGCCCGGUGUGUGAUAAAUGUAUUGCUGUUUGGUGUGUUGCCCACUAGGCUUGUUCUUGGCAGCGGGACGCGGCUGGACAUAGCAGUGCCUAUACAAAAUGACCCUGGCUUUGUCCGGGAGAUGAGGUGGUUUCGAAACCUUCGGCCUCAGACAUGCGCCAAUGUGGCGUGGGCGCAGCCCACUUUUUCCUUGCGAGAGAGAGCCGCCUUUCUUGUCUGCCUUACGUUACUCGCGUUUGCAUGCGGUAGGAGUGUGUGUGCCAAACAUGUUUCUGGGCCAGCUUGCGUACAUGCGCACGGAUGCAUGCAGCUCGCGGCGACGUGCGCUGGCUGUUGUCUGUUGGCUGCUGUGUAUCGUAGUAGCAUAAAACGCCAAACUGACCAACUGAUGAACUGAGGAGAGGAGUCCCAGUCCUUGAAUGAAGGGCCCAUGCAUUGUGGAGUUUGGUUAGGAAAAAAGGUCUGCCUGCCGUGCUUGGCAAAGACAUGUGGGCGCCAGUAUUGGGCGUGAUGGACGGCCGGGAAGCAGCGGCCGAGCGAAGGCUGAGCUAGUGCCUGCUGCAGAUAGCUGUCUCGUCGCUACGGCUUGGGGGCAGCGGAUUCGCACUGAUAGUACACGCGGUUAUCACAAAGUAUACAUGGAUAGAUGUUUGGGUGCGUCAUGCAACUGCGCAGCGUGCGUGACACGUUCGGUGUUUGAUGACAAGUAAUGUGUUCAAACGGACAAAGCCUAACCGCGGCGCUUGAUGCGUUUUCAGUGGGCAUGGUCGUCUGGUGUGUCCUACCAUGCGCAUGGGCCUGAGAUCAUCAGCCUGGUCGGGGAGCAGUCAGUUGGGGGCGAAUGUUCAUGUGUGUCUCCUGGCGGGCCGAGCUUUUGCUGCAGCGACUCUCUGCUCAGUACUGGUGCAUUGGGACAGGGUGGUCCGCGCUCAGCGGCGCUGGGUCGGUUAAGGGCCUUGUAGGUGUGCUUUGUGAGGGAUGUGUGACGUUGGUUUUACCGCUGCAGAGCACCUGGUGUGUGUGGGGCGACUGGGUUAGGGUGCAGGAUGCGAAGCCCGCGUAAACGAACUAGGAUUAUGAGUAAGGGACCUGAGUAGGGUGGUUGGCGAAGCCCGAACUCUGCGCGCUGCUGUGCUGCGCCGCGGCGCAAACGGCUGCACGGUGAAGGUCCACCAAUUCCGGAUAGUUCAAUUAAGCAAUGUGACUGCACGGCGCACGUUCAGUAUUUAACAGCCACGCGAAUUGCGAGCAAUCGUGACCCAUGGGGCGGCCAUGGGAAGCUGGGGAUCUAUCACCGUUCACGAGCU